CACUGCAUAUAUAAGCCAUGUGGUGGGCUGCAGUUCUUCCUGGUUUCACCUGCUCUCCUGCAACAAGGACACAUCAGGCAGCAUGACCUCACAGCGAUGGAUGCUGGCUGUCUGUUUUUCACUAGUCUCAGUUAUAGGGACAGGGGAAUCGGUCGCCACAACAGAAACUCGGAAAUACAUUUGCAGGACUUUUGGCAGCGGGGUUGUGCAGCCUUUCAAUGGUUCAAGUUUCUAUGUGCAUUCCAACUGCCCGUUCACCCUCACCCGCUUCACCCACAACCGGGUGGAAUGUGAUAUCACUACAUGGCGAGGUGACAAUGGGCUGCUGGCCCAAGUCGAGAUCAUCAUCAACAAAAUCAGGACUGUUCUGCAGAAUGGAAGCAUCAUGGUGGAGAGGAAAAGUGUUUCCCUUCCAUACGACCACACCUACCAGCAUAUCUUUCACUACGGCAUCUACACUAAACUGAGGAGCUCGCUGCUUCCUCUGUCCGUUACCUGGCACAGUGUACCUGGAGGAAUAGACACUGUCUGGGUGGAGCUGGAGCAGGAGCUGAGCACCGACAUGACCGGACUAUGUGGAAAACACAACCUCCCAGGCAACAAGCAGCAGUUGAUCACGGAGAGCGUGCUUGCUGACGACACCUGUCAAACCAGAGAUCCUGCCUUCGCUAUGAAUGAAGAAUGCAGAAUGUUCUUUUCCUACACCUUGGAUUGUCUCCAAGCCAGGACGCCUCAUUACAUCCAACUUUGCGAAGAGAACAUUUACAGCUAUGAAAAGAACAAAUACAUCGGCUGUGCUUUCUUCAAAGAAGUUGUCCAGCAGUGUGGAAACAGCAGCUAUGCCUGGAACAUAUGGAGAAUGGUAACCAAAUGUGCAAUACCGAGUUGUCCAGGAGACCUGGCUUAUGUAGAACGGGGUGCGGCCUUUGUUCCCAGCUGCUCCAACCCGAACCCCAGAUUCUCCGACCAGGAUCUCGUCAGCUCCUGUGUCUGCCCGAGGGGUAAGGUGCUUAAUGAUCAUGCAGACGGCUUCCACUGUGUAAGUGUAUCAAGCUGCCCUUGUGUGUUUAAUGGCAAGAGCUUCUCAACUGGAGACAUACGCAGAACCAAGUGUCAGUCAUGUGUGUGUCACAGCGGGAAAUGGCAAUGCUCGGAAAAUUUCUGCCCUUCCAGAUGUCUCAUUGAAGGCCAGUUUGUGACAACUGUUGAUGGCAAACAAUAUGUCCUCCCUGGUAAAUGUACAUAUGUGGCCUCACAGGGUCUUAACUGGACAGUAAUGAUUGAGUUUUCCCAAAAGGCACCCUCUCUGAAAACAGUCAGUCUUCAGCUUUUUCAGGAAACGUAUACAUUCUCACAGAACACGGCUAAAAUUGGAGAGGAGGAGAUCACUGAACUUCAUCAGUCUGAUCAUGCUCUGGUUUUCUGGCAGUCCUCAAUGUACGUUGAGGUCCACACAUCCUUUGGUAUGAAGAUCCAAGUCCAGACGUCUCCUGAAAUCCAGUUGUACAUCACCCCACCCCCAAACCACGCUGGCAUGAUCUCAGGUCUUUGUGGCAACAGCAACAAUGACACCACAGACGAUUUCACCACCAGCAGCGGGAUCAUCGAAAACUCAGCUCAACCUUUUGCUCAGUCCUGGAGUGUGGAUAUUUGUCCAGUGAACAUACCCACCUGCACCAACACAGACAAGGAAAUAUUUGCUGAUGAAAAGUGCUCUGUCCUGAACAACCCAACCGGGAUAUUUGCCGAGUGCCAUGGUCACAUCCCAACCGAUCACUACCACACGGCUUGCAUCCAAAGAACAUGUAUGUGUGGCAGCAGUCUGCAGCAGUGCUUGUGUGUUGCUCUGGGCAGCUAUGCCAAAGCCUGUGCCAGUCUGGGUGUCAUAGUUGGUGACUGGAGGACAGCUACUAACUGCACUCUGGCAUGUCAGAAGAACCAAGAAUUCUCCUACAACGUGCAAGCCUGUAACCACACAUGCCGCUCCCUGUCUGGCCCUGACCCUCGCUGUGGGCUGGACAGUACGCCUGUGGAGGGCUGUGGCUGUCCGGAGGGUACUCACCUGAACGAAGGACACAUCUGUACCGCAAAGGCAGAGUGCGUUUGUCACUACUACGGUGGUAUAACACCACCAGGGUCUGUUGUUAUCGACGGACGAAUGUGUUUCUGUGAAAACGGAGAACUGCAGUGUUCUAAGGAUUGUGGGUGCAAAAAUGGGAAGGUUUGUGUUCACUGUGCUGAGUACCCAGUUAACACGGCUCAGAAAACCUGCGACAGUCUCAGCAAACCAAUGGGCACCAGUAUGACCUGUGAUAGUGGCUGUUACUGCCCACAUGAUCAGUAUGAGGAUCACCGUGGAAACUGUGUUUCUCUGGACAACUGCACCUGUGUGUACAGUGGCAAAGUAUUCAGCGCAGGACAGCUUGUCAAAACCAACUGCAAAACAUGUACCUGUGGUGAGGGUCAGUGGCACUGCAAAGAUGAGCCUUGCCCUGGGAAGUGUCAAGUUUAUGGAAACGGACACUACCAGACCUUUGACUCUAAAUGGUACCGCUUUGAUGGACACUGUCAGUACACACUUGUUGAGGAUAACUGUGGAAAAAGAAAUGGCACUUUCUCUGUCAGAGUGGAGAGUGUACCUUGCUGUGAUGAGGCGCUCACCUGCUCUCGCUCUAUCAUCCUUGACCUGCAGGGCCUAGUCACCCUGACACUGAGCGACAUGAAGGUGACCAGACGGCACCAUAAAGGCUGGACACUGCUGGAAGAUUCACUUUAUUCCACACACACUGUGGGACUCUACAUCAUAAUCUCAGUGCCAAGCAGAGGGAUAACGCUCAUCUGGGACAAACACACCAGGAUCACCAUUGAGCUGCAGGCAUACUUGAGGAACCAAGUGUGUGGCCUCUGUGGGAAUUUUGACUCCAAUGAGAUGAACGACCUGCAGAUAAGUGGCUCAGGAGCGGUGUCCAGUUCCCUGGCAUUUGGCAACAGCUGGAGAGCCGCCACACCUCCUUGCUCUGAUGUGACCACGGAGAUAUUUCCCUGUGAACGCAACUCCUACUGCUCAGCCUGGGCCCAGCGACGCUGUAUGAUCCUUACAGGAGACACAUUCAAAGAUUGCCACUUAAAAGUGGAUCCAGAGCCUUACUACCAUGCCUGUGUGCAGGAGUCCUGCUCCUGUGAGUUUGAAGGGAAGUUCCUGGGCUUCUGCACAGCUGUGGCAGCCUACGCAGAGGCCUGCAGUGACCAGGAUGUAUGUGUGAACUGGAGAACACCAGAUUUGUGUCCGGUCUACUGUGACUACUACAAUGAGAAGGGCCAGUGUAGCUGGCACUAUGAAGCCUGUGGGAAGAUGCUAACCUGUGGCGAAGGCAACUACUUUAAUCACAAGCUGGAAGGCUGCUAUCCCAGAUGUUCAAAGGAGGUGCCAUACUAUGAUGAAAAUACUGGUGAAUGCACCCAAUUGAGAAACUGCACCUGUUUAUUCAAUGACACUAUCCUUCAGCCUGGGAAAGUGGUGCUGAUACAGUCUAUUGAGUGCCACUGUGAAAAUGGAACAAUCAAGUGUCAGCCCUCUUUCAAAACACCAGACUUCAAUUGCACCUCUACUCCAACAGCACCUCCACCCACAACUACGCCUGCCACCACUUCUACAUCAAGUAUUCCCACCACAACUGCCUCAACUACCACUGAAACAACUGUGCUUUCCACUACACCAACUACUACAAUUGCCUUUACUACAGCUGAAACAUCCCCAAUGCCUACAACCACCUCUACACCAGUGACAACCAUUACCAAUGUAUCAACUACUACUGAAUUUUGGUCAACUGUACUUUCCACCACCUCCACCCCAACCACUACCACUGCUUCAACAACGCCCUCCACCACCACUACACAAAUGACAUCCAUUACCAAUGCCUCAACUACUCCUGGAAACUGGUCAACUGUACUUUCCACCACCACUACAACUGCCUCAACAACGCCCUCCACCACCACUACACAAAUGACGUCCAUUACCAAUGCCUCAACUACUACUGGAAACUGGUCAACUGUACUUUCCACCACCACUACCCCAACCACUACAACUGCCUCAACAACGCCCUCCACCACCACUACACAAAUGACAUCCAUUACCAAUGCCUCAACUACUACUGGAAACUGGUCAACUGUACUUUCCACAACCUCUACCCCAACCACUACCACUGCUUCAACAACGCCCUCCACCACCACUACACAAAUGACGUCCAUUACCAAUGCCUCAACUACUACUGGAAACUGGUCAACUGUACUUUCCACCACCACUACCCCAACAACUGCAACUGCCUCAACAACACCCUCCACCACCACUACACAAAUGACGUCCAUUACCAAUGCCUCAACUACUACUGGAAACUGGUCAACUGUACUUUCCACAACCACUACCCCAACCACUGCAACUGCCUCAACAACGCCCUCCACCACCACUACACAAAUGACGUCCAUUACCAAUGCCUCAACUACUACUGGAAACUGGUCAACUGUACUUUCCACCACCUCUACACCAACAAAUACAAAUGCCUCAACUACCGCUGAAACAUGGUCAACAACCCCCACCACCGCUACUACAGUACAGACAAACGCAACAGACUUACCCACAUCUGAAUCUCCUAGCUCUCUGCCUACUACAUUAUACACAACUCUGAGUACUUCAUUUACCAAUGCUUCAACAUGGACAACAGAAUCAAAGCCCACAGAAACCGUUACAUCAACAGAUACCUUCACAACUCAACCAACAACGAAACAGACCAAGCCAACAGCAACAACACUUCAGUCAACAACCACUUUUGCAACCAAUGCUACUGCUGAAACCUCAGGUCCAACUGAAGUAACCAUCACAGAAGCUUCCACUGAAACAUUUACCUCUACCCAAUCAACCACUCAACUUACUACCACCUCCUCAGAAGCAACAAUGUCUGAUGCAGUGACAACUAACUCUACGAUGAUGCCAACAACAAUAUAUGACACCAAGAUGUCCACAAGUGAAGGAUUUACCAAUGCGACACAUACCACUGAACUGACAACCCCUGAAGAAUCAGGCACAACAGUGAUGACAGAAGAAACAGAAGAAACAGUAGCCACCGGCCCAACAACAACUACAUUCAUACCUACCACUGGAGAGUCAACGGUCAUUGAAACUUCAACACCUCCCACGUGUGAGUGUGUAGACCUGAUGAAGAAAAAAACCUGGAGAUGCGGCGAGACAUGGACAGAGGACUGCUUCAAUAAGAUUUGUACAAAUAAAAAGAUAGAGUCGACCCAAGUGGUUUGUCCAGAGUCUGCAACUCCCAUCUGCCCCAGAAAUCAAAAAACAAAAGUCUCGGAUGGAUGCUGUGAAACAUGGAAGUGUGACUGUCGCUGUGAGCUAUAUGGGGACCCCCACUACAUCUCUUUCCAAGGCGUACCAUUUGAUUUCCUAGACGACUGUACCUAUAUCCUUGUGGAGGAGCGGUCACCACGUCAUCAUCUGACCAUUGCAGUGGACAACUUCUUCUGUGUGCCAGGCCUUGACGGCUCCUGUGCUAAGGGCAUCAUCCUGAAAUAUCAGAACAAUAUAGCUUCACUCAAUAUCAUUCCACAUUUGUUUGCAGUACAGGCCACUCUGAACAAUGUGACCAUAAAGCCGCCAUAUGAGGAGCAAGGGUGGAGGUUUGAGACCACAGGGUACAUAGUGUCCAUCUACCUCCCCGAGGUCCGCUCUUAUGUAUCCCUCAGUCCAUCUUGGACCCUGGUGGUCAGUCUGGCAAUGGAACACUUCCACAACAACACCCAAGGACAAUGUGGUGUGUGUGGCGUUGGCUCAUGUAUCCGUAAAGGAGGGCAGAUUGAGGACAACAGUUGCUGUGAUAAGACGGCCUAUGACUGGGUGUACGCUGAUCCGCUGAAGCCAGCCUGUGUUUCUGCACCAAGGGAUGUACCUUGUCACUCCAUGACCACUAACAAACCAACUAGCACAUCUUUCACCACCCCCUGCCCUGCGAGCCAACUAUGUGAGCUGCUACACCACCCAAUCUUUUCAAACUGCAGCGUGUAUGUGAACAUGAACCUUAAAAAGAAGAACUGCAAGUUUGAUUCAUGCAGGAACGGUGCUUGUUCUUCACUGGAGCAAGCUGCUGAAGAGUGCAAACAAGUUGGUUUCUGUAUUGACUGGAGAAGACUGACUAAUGGAACCUGUGGUGUGAAAUGUCCAGAAGGAUUGAUUUACAAAGAAUGUAGUUCCAAGCUGGAUGACUUCUGUUAUGGAGGAGUGCCUCAGACUGGAGCCUCCCUCGAGAACAACAGUCCAGGUUGUUUUUGUCCAAGUGGCCAGUUGAGGGCGGGAAAUCACUCAAACGUCUGUGUGUCUGACUGUCCCUGUUGUAAAGGGCCACUUGGUGAACCCAAACAGCCUGGUGAGGUGUGGCAGUCCGACUGUUACCUGUGUACAUGUAACAACCAGACUCGGACGGAGGAGUGUUUUCUAAGACCUACUGAGCCACCUCCUACCUGCAGUCCCAAUGCUGUAUUGGUAAACACCUCUUGCUGUGGGGAUCAGAUUUGUGUUGAGAAGACAUGCAGUUAUGAUGGAAAAAUAUACGAGGUGGGAGACAGAUGGAAGGAUGCUGCCCAUCCCUGCAUGUCAUUCAGUUGCAGCAAAGAGGGUAUUCAGACUGAGACUAGAGUCUGUCCCACAGAAAACUGUCAGGAGGAGGACAGAAUUUGGGAUGACCAACACUGCUCCUUUACAUGUAACCGGAGCUGUGCUCCGAAGGUGACCAGUAUCAACAUUACUGUGGACAACUGUACUGCUGCCAUGGAGAUCCCUGUGUGUCAGGGUCAAUGUGUGUCUGAGCCCAGGGUCGUGUUACGCGGUGACCUGCAGGUGGAGCAGAAGUGCCGACACUGUCAGGAGCGGAGCUCUGAGAGGAGAUCAGUGACCUUGCUGUGUUUCGACCUCACCACCAGACACUACGUCUACAAGCAUAUCACCGGCUGUGAGUGCAGAUCCUGUGGCAUACUACGCUGAAAAGUACUCACACCAACCAAUGCCAAAAAUAUAUCAUUUUGUAUCCAUUCGGCUUCCAAACCAUGGACCGAGUCCUGCAGCGGCCCAGGAUUCGAAUCCGACCUGUGGCCCUUUGCUGCGUGUCAUCCCCUCUCUCCACCCCCCUUUCCUGUCUAUUUCCAGCUGUCACUUUCAAUUAAAGGCCAUAAAAGGCCCAAAAAAUAACAUAAAAAAUAAAAAUAAAAAUACCGAUCACAGAACUGCAAGUCCUCUUUUUUGUUCUUUAUUAAAAUCAAUUACUAGACAAAUAAACUGAAUCAUCUAUUAAUCAUCAAA